AUGUGGCUCAGGUGUGGCAGCAGCUACUUUCCUUGUGGGAGUCCCGGUGAAGUCACUGCCGGCCGCCAGUUACCGUCCAGGCACGUGAGGGAGAGGUUGUGCAGCAGAUUUGUCCGUAUAAUUCCGAGCACCACAGGCGAGAUGUCUCCAGUUUCCCGAGGCUCACAGGGACUCCUCCUCCUGCUGAGCACUUUGGUCCUUCUUCAGGCAGGGCAGAGAGGCGCCGAGGCCGCCAGCGUCCCCCCCGCGGACGCCGACCCCUCGCCCAGCGCGCCCAAGCCCAAGACGCAGAAUGACAUCGAGGAAUUCGUGAAGAAGCUGGAGUAUGAAGCCCAGGGCGGGACAGACAACUCCCUGGACGGUUUCGUGGACGUCGUGGACUUCAGCCUGCUCUCCGACGUCGUGGCCGACGACGUCCAGGCCGGCCUCGACGAGGAGUUCGCCGUCGUCGACAGCGAGCUCGGGGAGAAGGCGACCGUGCCCGCGAAUAAGACAUCUGACCCCUCGAGGAGCCGCCAGCUGUCCCUGAUCUACCAGGGCGUCUACGCCCCGGACGCCCGCUUCAACGCCUUCGCGGACGGCGUGAUGGUCAACAUGGUGGCGGAGAUGAAGCGGAAGCGGAUGGACCCCCUCUACUUCCGCGUCUACGACCGCGGCGUUGUGGAGCAUGUUUCAACGCAAUCGACACGAGGAGGACGUCGAGACGAACCUUCAGCCGUGUCUUCCUCCUUCGCUGACGCCUCGAGUGACACCUCUCAAAGUAGCAGACGAAGCAACAGCAGGAGAGGCAGCAGGCAGAGCGGGAAUGCCAUUGGCGGGGGCGUCAUCAGGGGCCUCACCAACGUCAGGCGCUUCGGCAACGCAGAGGUCCAGGUCGCCGGAAAUACCACGCUGGUCCGCGGCCACUGGCUAACGGGGCCCCUUGACCUGAUCAUUGACUAUCGAGGCAGUCCGGGCAUCACCAGGGUCCGGACCGGGAUCCAGGCUGUCCAGUUCGAUACGCUGACCACUGUUGACCGCUAUGGGGCCGAAAUGGCCGAGUAUCAGCUCAUCAGUCCGCUGUUCGACUUCAUGCCAUACUACGGCAACCGCACUCUGGCGCAGCAGCGCACCACAGAGCUGGUCGUGCGACAUCUCUUCUCGAAUGCCUCCUUCAUGAGCCUGCUUUUGCGCGACGCCUUCGAGAUCGCCUCCUAUGACAAGAUCAUUCCGCAGUUUGGCACGGAGGCCAACUACUACACCGUCCUCAAGUACCUUUUCAACAACGGUCCCGGAGCUUCAAGCAGAUCGCCCCCUGCUGCUCGUGGCGUCUCCCUCCCCGGGGUGCCUUCAGCCAUUGCCGAGUACCUGGCCGGGGUCGCGCGCCAGGCCAAGAGCACUCUGGAAACCUUAGGCUAAGGCCACCACUGUUAAUGCGGCUGAACGAGAGAGACCUUUUUGCUGCAGUUCAUCGGCAGCGCAGAUAUGCCUCUCCUUUAGGAUGUGUUGAGUUUUGUUGGAUGUAAUGUGAAAUACCUGACUUGCUGAUUUGUAACUCAGAACUUAGGUUUGGCGCACUAAUACCAAAAUAAAUGUGUGCUCAAUUUUCUUUACACAAUUCAUCUACGCUCUCAGGCCACUUGUUGAAUUCCACUUUCCCGGUAAUAAUAUUGCUCUUUCGUGUAGAGAACCGCCCUGUGAUAUGCUUACGAUAGUGAGAGGAAACUGAUAUCGUAUUUUCAGGCCUACUGGACUUGGGAUAAUUACAGUUAUCGCUAAAUGUCUUUCUCAGUCUGCUCUUCAUAUUAGGCUUCCGGAUGAAUUAAUCCUUUUUCACAUUAUUACAAAGUAACUAACCAAAUAAUUAUAUUUAACUUUUUUUGGAAAAUUAGUUCUGCUGGUUCGGAACGAUUCCAAACAUUAAUAUAUUUAUAUGAUUAUAAUCCUUAUUCCUAAUUUUUGUGUUUGUCUGUCUUUCCCAUGGUGGUUGGCUGGUCCAGCACAUUGCCAGAUAAUAAAAUUAGAUUUUAAAUAUA